AUGCCCAGGCGCGGGCCGCUCCGCAGCCGCAGAAAGGGGCCUGUCCCCGGGGCGGCCGCGGCGGCGGCGGCCGUUGGUCCCGGCGCUGCCCGCGACCCUCCCCGGGCCACAGCCGCUCGCUCACUCACUCACCCCCGAGGCCGGCGACGGAGGGCCGCGGAGUUUCGAUUCCCCAGCGUUCGUUCGGAAACGGGUCGCCAGAGGUCACCACGGGCUUCCGGUUUCUUCGAAGACACCGCCGCUCCCCCGGCGAAGGCCGCCGCUCCGGGCACACCGCGGAGGGCUUCCCAUCGCUUUGGCCUCCGCUGCACCAGGGCCGACCCGUGUGGGCUGGGCCCCGAGGAUCCGGAAGGAGUGGCAAAGCCGGCGCAGGAGGGGCCGAGGCGCCGCUGCCGGGAGCAGGCCCGUUACCCAGCAACACGCGCGCGGGGCCCAGGACCGCAGGCGCCGGCCCCCUCGCUCCCACUCCGGCCGCUCCGCGCGGCAGGGAAACGGGGCCGACAGGGGCUGGCGGCGAGCAGUGCCCGGCCGGAAGGGGGCUGCCGCGGUCCGUGCUCUCGGCGCCGGGGCCACGCCAGCAAACCGGAAGUGGGUCGGGGGAGCCGGAGCUUGGACGGGUGGGAAGAGGAGGAGGUGGGCGUGGCGUACCACGUGUCCCGUGAGCCUCCGCGGCAGGCCUGGGCGGGCCGCGGCGACGCGAGGACGGGAGGCGGAGCUGCGGCGGGGUGA